AUGGGUGGCAUGCUGCUGCGACGGACCACGAGCACUGGGGCGCCAGGGCGGCGAGAGCUCGAAGCGCGACUGGAGCAGUUCGAGGACGGCUCCUGGGAAGCGCUGCUGGCCCCAAGCCUGCAAGGACAGCGGCCCCCGGGAGGAGCGCACGGCGCGGGCGACGCCGAGGCGAGGCGCCAGCGCCUCCUGGAAGACGCGGUAGCGCUGGUCAGAGCAGACGGCCUCAGCAAGGCGCGGCAGCUGCUCGCCUCGCGCAGGCUGGCGCCGGGGUAUUCCAGCUCGCUGAGCGGAGCCCGCUUUGAACUGCUCAAGCUGGCCUUGGACGAAAACGAGACGCUCGAGCUACAAGCUGCCGUAGCGGAGCGCUACGCGCGGGCCGAGAUCACAGCGAGCGCUGCACGCGCCCUGGGCACAGGCCGCCUGACGGCGCUGCUGAAGGACAACGGCCGCGCGCGAGGCAUUGUUGCAGGCGACGCCUUCCGCUGCAAGGCCCUCUCCCGGCAGUAUGGGUCCGAGAUAAACAACGCCUGCGCGCCGUUCCAGCACGCGCUUUCGACGAGAGCGGGCACAGACAGCGCCGCCCACUUCCUCCGAGCGGCCACGGACUCCGACCCGGCGGCGACCAUCGCCAGUAUCGACGGCACUGGAGCCUUCGACCACGUGCGCCGCGACCGCAUGAUCGAGAAGCUCCUCCCGCUGCCGGAGGCCUCUGCCAUGGUCCCAUUCGCCCUGCUCUCCUACAGCCAGCCGUCGACGUGGAGCGGCAUGUUGGCGUACGCCAUCCGCGACGCCCUGGCCGCGAGCCAGCUCGAGGACGUGCCCCCUGAGAC